AAAACUUUAGAACGUGUCAACUUGACGAGCCACCGGAACACAACAAAUCAUUGUCCUUCUCAGAAAAAGAAAGCUUAACAUCUUUCAAGAGAGCUCAGAAUAUAUUCGGCUGCAUCAAAUUAAUUGAACCCCGCUUGACUUUUCUCCUCCCAUGCCAAUAAUCAUCGGCAAUAGUAUAUAAGGCACACACAGCCUUUCCCCCUCAAUAAACAACAGCACCCGCAACAUGGGAACCAAAUCCAUCAUCUUCUUCUUACUCUGCUCUUUCUUCCUCCACCUCGCGGUUACUCAAGAGGUAGCAAAAUCCGAAAGCGAAGCACUGGGAGAAUCAGAGAAAAGAGAAACCCUCGAAAUCAUCAUAGGCGGUGGAGGCUCCCCUGCUCCCUCUCCGUCUUCCCCUGCAUGCCCCCCUCCCCCGCCCAAACCACUCAGCCGCUUGGAGAAAGCGCGUGGCGUGCUUCUCAAGUUCAAGUCACAAAUCGAAGACCCCAACUGUUACACGAAGAACUGGAACGAGAACACCGACACGUGUGACUUCAAGGGGAUACGAUGCGCCACAUAUCCGGUGGAUAAACAGAAAGCAGUCGCUGGACUGGACUUAAACGGCGCACGUGUGAGAGGUCAAAACGGUUGCCCGUUGCCCCUCACGGGUAUCUUAGACGGCAUAGAAGAGUUAACAUUCUUCCACGUCAACUCCAACAACUUCACCGGAGGCGUCCCCCAAAAAAUCAUUGAUUUCAAAUAUUUCUUCGAGCUGGACCUGAGUAACAACAAUGUCACCGGGACGUUCCCCCUGGAAGCGCUCAAGUCCAACCUAUUGGUGUUCUUGGACAUCAGGUUUAACCGCCUCACCGGCCCAAUCCCCUCCCAGCUCUUCAAGAACGACCUCGAUGUCAUCUUCGUCAACAACAACAAAUUCUCCUCCUGCCUCCCUCAGAACUUCGGCUCCACCCCGGCCCGCUACCUCACCUUCGCCCACAACCAACUCACCGGCCCAAUUCCCAGGAGCGUGGGCUUCGCGCCCAACCUCACCGAGGUCCUUUUCUUGGGGAACAACUUCGACGGCUGCCUCCCCUUCGAAAUCGGGUACCUGAAAAAGGCCGUGGUGUUUGACGUCAGCCAAAACUCCAUCACCGGCCCAAUCCCCCUCUCCUUCGGCUGCUUGAAGAGCAUUCAGUACCUGAACCUGGCGCACAACAAAUUCUACGGCGUUGUUCCCGACAACCUUUGCCAGAUCCCUUCGCUGCGGAACAACGGGAACCUGUCUUUAGCGGAUAAUUACUUCAAAGAGAUUGGGCCCUCGUGCUGGAGUUUGAUAAAGUCCAACGUUUUGGACGUGUCCAAAAACUGCAUCCCGGGCCUCCCCAACCAACGCUCGCCCCAAGAAUGCCAUGACUUUUACUACAAAACCAAGAAGCCAUGCCCCAACCCGGAAUCAUUCUAUUACGUCCCUUGUAAAUCGUACUGGGGAACACAUAGCACGGAUCCCCAAGCAACCGCUACACCUUCUGAACCGGUCACUUACAAGACCCUCAAACCGCACCGGUUGAGAUUGUGAUCGACUGAACUAUCCUGAGAUAGUCCUUGUGGGGGACUCUAUUAUGCAUGUUUGUAUAUUUCUCUUUCCUCAUUAGCUGUUAUUUGUAUUUUCUAUGCCCAUUAAUAAGCACCGUCGUGGAAUGGGCCAUCUUUGACUGUUAUAAGUUUGGUAUUACUCAAGUGUAAUUUCCUUAAGUUGUCGAAUAAAUUUGGUACCACAUUGGAUGAGGAGUUCUCCGCCUUCAAAUGGAAUUUUGUUUGUUUCGG